CGGAGCGCUAAGAUCAGCGUGAAAUGCACUGUUUCCAUUCCUCCAGUGCAAAAAUCCAGUGUCAAAUAUACACCCAGGUUUUUUUUAUUUCAUUCAGUACAAGAGCUUCUUGGGUUUCGGCGCGCGAUCUGAUUCAAUUACCAUGAAAUCUCUAUCCAUUACGUGAAAUGGUUUUACUUUCAUUUAGUGCUUAUAAAACUGUAACUCCGAACGGUGGGCAGCAUCAGUUCCAUUUCGUCGUUGUUCCAGUGUACAUUUCCAGCUAAGUUCAGGGAGCAGUACGAUGCAGUUCGUUCUAUCGUCAGUGACGUUCGCCAUAGUUGCUUGUGCGGCUGUUGACUCAGCGAGUAAAUCAGUGAGCAAACGAGAUCUUUGGCCUUCGGGAGCAGUACAGGAUCAUUCGGGUUUUGCGGGACACGCGGAUUACUUGGGACACUCAGGCUAUGCAGGGCAUACCGACCAGUCGGCGCUAGGAGCCCAUGAUUAUGGUGCCAGCUGGAGCCAUGGUAUUGAGGCACGUGCGCAUAUGCCAGAGACCGCCCAGUAUGAACAUCUACGAGCGCCGGUACAUCCGGUUCACGAGUUCCACCACGAGGAAGACUCUCAGGAUAAGAAAAGCUUCCAUGAGUGGAAACCAGUCUAUUCGGAUUACAAGUCUCAAUCGGUAGCAAGCAGCACAAAGAAUUCGGAACAUGAGCAGCACAGUCACGAAGACUGGCGGGAAGAUGAAGAAAAGCAUGAAGAACCUGAAAAGCAUCAUCACCAUCAUCAUCACCACCAUGUGAAAGUGAUCGAGGUGCCAAAACCUUACACUGUUCAUGUGGAGAAGCCCUAUCCAGUAUAUGUGGAAAAGCCAAUUAUUGUAGAAAAACAUGUGCCACUGAAGUUGCUGAUUAAGAAAAAGUACCAUCACUAAAUCCAAAUAGAUUAAUGUUAAGUUA